AUGACCUCGAAAACAUUUUUACUUCUGCAACUUGGAAAUUGUUUUAUUAUAAAGGGAGAAGCAACUAAGAUGGGAAUUACGCCUCAAGAUAUCUGUGAGCAAGUACUAGAACUUGCAAAAAAGGGUCUAACACCCUCACAGCUCUGUGUAUUCCUUCGGAACUUGUAUAAUUUUAAACCAGUUAAAGACAUUACGGUGAAUAAAAUUCUUAGAAUCUUGAAGUCUUACGGUCUAGCACCCGAGAUUCCUGAAGACCUUUAUCAUUUGAUCAAGAAAGCUAUCGCUGUUCGAAAGUACUUGGAAUGUAAUCGUCAUAAUAAAGCUGCCAAAUUCC